GGGAUCUCCAGGCAGGGCUAAAUUUCUCCCGACUUUGCCUUCUGCGCCGACCCCACUCCCGUGCUGGUGAUCUGGGGAUGGGCCAAGCUGCCGUGGCAGCCCCCGAGUGUCCUCGGCGGGGAAAUGAUGCCACUUGAGUGGCCGGCAUCCUCUCUCGUCGGCUGGGAUGCACUCACCAUCCGCGGUGAUGCUUCACAGUGUGUAAGGUAGGCAGGGCGAGGCUGAGGCGAGUGCCUGGCUCCGGGUCUAUUUAAGUCGCAGCGCCGUGCUCUGUCUGGCACCGUUGCCUCCUUUUCCCUUCUCUAUUCCCAGUUCUCUCAGUUCUCUGAUACCCAAGCCUUUGAUACUUAUUGUGUAUACUCCUUCUCCAUAUAUUUCCAUCUUUGGUCAGUCACAAUUGCCACACAACCACCCUCACGUAUCCUCUCCUCAAGAUGGCGUCCGACAAGCCCUUCCACAGGUUCGACCCCAACUUCACAGAUCAGGUUAUCAAUGGCAUGGGCCCCAACACCACACCACGAAACCGCGAAGUACUCGGUGCUUUGAUCCGCCACAUCCAUGACUUUGCCCGGGAGGUUGAGCUCACUAUUGACGAGUGGAUGGAGGGCGUCAAGUUCAUCAAUGCCCUCGGCGAGAUCUAUGUGAAGAGCAACAAGACACGGAACGAGACCCAUCGCAUCUGCGAUGUUAUUGGGCUGGAGUCCCUCGUGGACGAGAUCGCCCAUAAGAUCGUUUCUGAGACGGGCAUGGACCCAACCUCCUCCUCCAUCCUGGGGCCGUUCUGGUCACCCAAUGCGCCGUUCCGCGAGCUCGGUGGCAUCAUCUUCCAAGACGGCGUGCCCGCUGGCGGCCGCGUGACCAAGAUGCACGGCGUGAUCCGCGACAUCACCACGGGCAAGCCUAUCCCCGGCGCCGUCUUCGACAUCUGGCAGGCCUCGGCCAACGGCAAGUACGACUUUCAGGACCCGGAGAACCAGACGCCCAACAACCUGCGCGGCAAGUUCCGCGCCGACGAGAACGGCCGCUACUGGUUCUACUGCCUGCACCCGACCGCCUACUCGCUGCCGCGCGACGGACCCUCGUGGCAGCUCCUGACCAUGAUGGACCGCCACCCCAUGCGCCCGGCCCACAUCCACAUCAUGGUUACGCAUCCGGAGUACCAGGGCUGCACGACCCAGCUGUACCCCAGCGACGACCCGUGGAUCAAGAGCGACACCGUCUUCGCCGUCAAGCCCGAUCUGGUUGUUGACUUCAAGCCGCUCCAGGGGGACGACAAGGCCACGCUGGAGCUCGAGUACAAUGUCAACCUCGCUCCCAAGGGCUACAAGGGCCGUCUCUGAACCGAGCAUGCGAUGGGGGUUGUGUUUGAAGGGAAGGCGACGGGAAGAGGCAGGGAGCAUUCUUUGUACAUAUAUCGCCACAUAUACCCAGCUUUGGGCGACUAAUGUCUGCCUCAACGCGGAGAGAGGGGGGGGUUUGGGCUCCGUUUAGCACUGGCAUAGUUACGGUUGGAUACUCAUUUGCUGUUGGUUAAUC